AUGUCCACCUGGGGAUGGCAUAACUUCAGCUUACCAACUACGGCAGGGCAAACUUCGCCUGAUGGACUUGACUGGUGGACCCACGGGAGACUUGUCAACUAUGACAUGCCCAAUCCGGCUGAAAAUGACAUCUCGAACUGGUUAAUCAAGAAUCCUCAGCGUCUCAACUUAGCGAGGACUGGAUUCUCUUUCGGUGAUGCCACUGUCACUGAGGCAGAUCUUCAACAAAAGACCCAGGAUUUAGACUUGUGGUCUGGCAAGAUCAGUUCAUCCUUCAUCUACAAUGGUAGCUCUGUUGCCGUCGAGACAGUUGCGGAUCCAGCCUCUGAUACCGUCGCAAUUAGCGUGGAAUCGAAACUCCUCCAAGAUGGCAUGGGGAUAUUUUUUGACUUUCCGUAUUCUGAUCUCAACAAAUUUGACGCCCCAUUCGUCGGUGUUUGGAAUGCGACUUCCAAUCAUUCCACAAAAUUGACCACAAUCAACUCUCACUCUGCUGAGAUAAAGCACACGUUGGAUGAGAAUAGCUACUAUGUGACGAUCAACUGGGAGACCCCAGGAGCUAUCUUCGGCCCAACGGAUGGGACGCAUCGCUACAACUUCUAUUCGAAGAGUGGCCGUGUGCGCAUGACUAUCGGCUUUUCUCUUGAGCCAAGCAAGAAGAGUAAAGAGCUGAAGUUCGCAGAAUUGAAGAGCUCAUCUGCGUCUUGGUGGCAAUCCUAUUGGUGCAAAGGGGCAUUCAUUGAUCUGUCAGCAGCAGCGGCUGUCAAUAGCAGCGCUGCUGAGCUACAGCGACGGACAAUACUCUCUCAGUACCUCGUUGCCGUGAAUGAAGCAUCAUCAAACCCGCCCCAGGAGUCCGGUUUAGUCAACAAUGGCUGGUAUGGCAAGUUCCAUCUCGAAAUGAGUCUGUGGCACCUGGCCCAGUUCGCCCGCUGGAAUCACUUCGACCUGUUGGAGCGCAGCAUCCCCUCAAUUUACGAGAGGCUUCUCCCUUCAAGCAUCCAGCGUGCCAAGGACCAAGGGUAUAAUGGAGCACGAUGGGGGAAGAUGACGGAUCCAACUGGCCGAUCUGCUCCUGGUGAGAUCAACGCCCUCCUCAUAUGGCAACAGCCGCACCCGAUGUACUUUGCCGAGUUGGAGUAUCGAGCGUAUCCGGUUCACGCAACACUCGUUAAGUGGGACGCUAUUCUGACCGAGUCUGCUGAUUUCAUGGCUUCAUUUGCAUGGUGGAACAGCACAACUGCCGUUUAUGAUUUGGGACCGCCCAUGUACCCUGUCUCCGAAAACACUUCUCCCAAUGUAACCGUCAACCCGACCUUUGAGCUGGCAUAUUGGCGCUUUGGAUUGGAUAUUGCAGUUCGUUGGAAAGAACGACAGGGCCAGUCAGCCCCGCAAUUGUGGACCAAGGUUCUUGAGAACCUGGCGCCACUUCCCAUUGAUGAUGAUGCCUAUGCCGUGUACGAAGGCAUCCCCAAAAUGUGGACUAGCAAUGACACGACAAACGACCAUCCGGCAAUGACUGGCAUCUACGGUCUUUUGCCGCCCCCAUCAACCGGCCCGCCAAUCAAUUUGACGAUCGUGCAGAACACAGCAGAGAAGGUCAAGGAGCUGUGGGCACUGGAGGACUCAUACGGCUGGGAUUUCUCCAUGUUAGCACUGAACUCCUUACGUCUGGGUAACAUUGACCAGGCAAUCGCGUACUUGAUCGACCCGAUAUUCCAAUUUGACGAUGCUGGAUAUCCCGAGGGAGGUAGUCGGGUUGCGACACCUUACAUGCCAGAUGCCGCUUCUCUGCUGCUCGCGAUGGCCAUGAUGGCUGGGGGCUGGGAUGGAGCCGAAGGAGCGCACUUUCCACCAGACUGGACAGUAGAAGUCGACGGGUUCAGUCCUGCGAUGUGA